CGCCUAUCUCCCGGACUCGGUUCGUGUUCCCACAGCGGGAGAGGAGAGGAGAGGAGAGGCGAGAGAUGGUGUCGCUGAAGCUCCAGAAGCGGCUCGCCGCGAGCGUCCUCAAGUGUGGGAGGGGAAAGGUGUGGCUCGACCCCAAUGAGGUCAACGAGAUCUCCAUGGCCAACUCCCGCCAAAAUGUUAGAAAGCUUGUGAAGGAUGGUUUUAUCAUCAGGAAGCCAACCAAGAUUCACUCACGGUCUCGUGCAAGGAGGGCACUGGAAGCAAAGAGAAAAGGGCGACAUUCUGGAUAUGGAAAGCGCAGGGGCACGAGAGAAGCUAGACUUCCAACUAAGGUACUUUGGAUGCGAAGGAUGCGAGUUCUUAGACGGUUGCUGCGGAAGUAUCGUGAAUCAAAGAAGAUUGACAAGCACAUGUACCAUGACAUGUACAUGAAAGUCAAAGGUAAUGUUUUUAAGAACAAGAGGGUGCUGAUGGAAAGUAUUCAUAAAUCCAAAGCUGAAAAGGCAAGAGAGAAGACCUUAUCUGACCAGUUUGAAGCUAAACGAGCCAAGAGCAAGGCUAGCAGAGAAAGGAAGAUUGCUAGGAGAGAGGAACGCCUGGCUCAGGGGCCUGGAGACCGCGUACCUGCUGCACAACCUGUGGCUCCCAAGAAAGCUAAGUAGUUAGGGAUAAUGAUGAUGCCAAGACAUUAGUUGCAGAAUAUGUAGAAGUGGUUAAUGGAUUGUAACUUUUGUUCUGUUCUGUUUUCCAAACCACGAGUUCUUGCAAAAAGUGAGAGAAACCUUUAUUCCACGUCUGUCUCUCGGGUUUCUCUUCAUGUUUGUUUUAUGGAGUUGGAAUAUGUAUGCUAGUUUCAGUUUUGAGUAGUGGUAUUACCUGCUUUUGAUGAUAAAAAAUGUUUUGGUCAAUUAAUACUGUGGUAGAAUAUUGAUUCUUUA